CCCCUGGGGGUGGCAGGGAGGCAGGCCUGGGUGCCUCUUAUCCUCUCCUCUUUCUUUUCCAGCCCGAGAAGUGGAAUAAGAUUAAGCUGGUGGUGUCCAAAGAGGAUGUGGAGCUGGCCUACCAGGAAGCCAUGUUCAGUAUGGCCAUGCUGAACAGGACAGCUGCCAGUUUGAUGCACACUUUCAACGCUCACGCUGCCACCGACAUCACGGGCUUUGGGAUCUUGGGCCACGCACAAAACCUGGCCAAGCAGCAGCGCAGUGAGGUCUCUUUUGUCAUCCACAACUUGCCCAUCAUCGCCAAGAUGGCUGCCAUCAGCAAGGCCUGCGGGAAUCGUUUCGGGCUGCUGCAGGGGACGUCCCCAGAGACAUCAGGGGGGCUGCUAAUCUGCUUGCCCCGGGAACAGGCUGCCCGCUUCUGUGCUGAAAUCAAGUCUCCCAAAUAUGGGGAGGGGCACCAGGCCUGGAUCAUCGGCAUUGUGGAGAAGGGGAACCAGACUGCGCGCAUCAUUGACAAGCCGCGCAUCAUCGAAGUGACGCCCCGGGGCGCCACGGCCUCCCCCCAGGACAACAACUCAACCACCAGCCCUGAAGCGGCCUCGUGAGAUGGCAGACCCUCCUUCCUUUGGACACUAUAGGCCUCUGCCCGCAGACGCAGGGCUGGCUGGGUGUCUUGGCUUUGGGAAUGGGAAUCACAGAAUCAUAGGACAUCUAGUCCAGUCCUCUGCACUUACGGCAGGAGUGCGCUAUACCAUCCUUCCCAUGAGAUCUGUGCUCUUCUCACGGCGCAGCAGGUGCUGAUCUUUCUCCCCAACUCAGAGAAGCACCAUGAUCAAACGGCUCCCCUUCCCAAUGUCAGGGUGGCUGAGGCGAGGCCCUUCCAGACUGCCUGAGCUGAGUGUCACGCGAUGCAGCCUCCUCCACAAACUGAUUCAGGGGGUUAACAUGGCUAAUUGAUUCCUGCAGAUGAAAUAAAUUAGUUAUUUAUUAAGGAUAAAUGCAGAUAAUGCAGAGCAGCAGGUAAUUUCUAUCUGGAAUUAUUUAUUGGAAUAUUUUGACAAGCUCUCAGGCUCCCCCAGCUUUUGUUCAGACUGAGCAGCUGGUAUAAAGGCUGGGAGGGUUGGUAUAAGCCAUGUGGCUGGGCAUAUGCCCUUUCUCUCUUUAAUGAAGCUCUUCCCCUUAAACCCACCCUGGGGCUAGGAGGAGUCGAGGACCCCCAGAGGGCAGGGCACGAGCUCAGCCAGGUGGAUUGCUUCUUGGGUUGUAAAUUCCUGGUGAUUGAUUCAAUAAAUACCAAUUUCUAUA